AUGGCGAGACCAAUCGACCAAGGCGUCGCAGAGCACGCCGAGCUCGACAGACAAGACUCCAUUGUCAAGCCCGGCGGCACCGUCAAAGAAGUCCAGGGCGACGCACACUUCUACGAGACAGUCACGGCAGCACCCCUCGACCCCUGGUCCAAGACGAGCUUGCAACUCUACGGUAUCCUCUUUGUCGCCGCCAUGAAUGCCGUUGCCUCUGGCUUUGACGGCUCCAUCUUUAGCUCCAUCAACGCCAUGGACGCGUACAAGGCCUACUUCCAUCACACCGAGCUUGGCAAGGCCACGGGCAUCAUCUUCAUGAUCUACACCAUUGGCAACAUGGUCGGCUCGCUCUUCACAGGUCCCAUCUGCGAUCGCUUCGGCCGCCGUGCCGGCAUGAUCUGCGGCUCCGUCCUCAUCAUGGUUGGCGCCAUUGUCCAGACGGUUGCGCGCAACGACUCGUAUCUCCUAGGUGGCCGAUUCACUCUCGGCUUUGGUGUGUCCAUUGGUACUUCGUCUGCACCGACGUAUGCCCUUGAGCUGUCUCCUCCUCAGUGGCGUGCCCGUGUCGUGGGCUACUACAACACAUUCUUUUAUGCAGGCUCGAUUCUCGCCACGGGUGUCGCAUACGCCUCCAACAAGAACCAGACCGAACUUGCGUUCCGUCUGCCGCUUGGCCUGCAGCUCUUCCCACCUCUGAUUAUCAUUAUCGGCUCGCUUCUGAUCCCCGAGUCCCCUCGCUGGCUGACCAUGUGGGGAAAGAAGGAACAGGCCUCGGAGAUUCUGGCCAAGUACCACGGUGGCGGCGACAUCAACCAUCCCAUGGUGCAGCUGGAGCUGCGCGAGUUCGAGGCCAGCAUCGAGCUGCAGCAUGCCUCGAGCGUCUUUGACUACACAGCACUUGUCCGCGGCCACAAUGCACGAUGGAGAUUCACCAUGAUGGUCUUCAUGUCCAUCUUUGCGCAAAUGGCGGGUAACUCUGUGUUGACCUACUACCUGCCCUCUAUGUACACCCUGCUGGGCAUCCAGUCUGCCGAGCGACGCCUCUUGCUGACAUUUAUGAACUCGAUUGUGUCUUGCGCCGGUGCCAUUGCUGGUUCUGCUACCAAUGACCGAAUUGGUCGUCGCACCAAGCUCUGGGUGGGCAGUCUGGUUCUUGCGGCUCUGUUUGCCGGUGUGACUGGCUUUUCGAGCAAGUUUGAAGGCAAGCCCACCAAUGUGUCGUCUGCCUACUCCAAUGGCGGUGUUGCAUUUAUCUUCCUCUUUGGAUGCGCCUACUCGUUUGUGUACACGCCACUUACAGCCACCUACUGCGCCGAAGUGCUGGCCACACCCACUCGUGCCAAGGGCAUGGGCAUUCACGUCAUCAUCUCCAACAUUGCCAAUCUGUACAAUACCUUUGUCACGUCGAUUGCGCUGGACUCUAUUGAUUGGCGAUACUAUCUCAUCUUUGUCGGGCUUAACAUCAUCUACUCGGCGCUGUGGUACUUCCUGGGCGUGGAGACGCGCGGCAGAACUCUCGAGGAGAUGGACAAGGUCUUUGACGCCAAGUUCCCUCCACGAGCUGCUCUGCAAAAGACGACGAUGCUGCGCGGCGACAAUGGCCAGAUGCAGGGUCUUGGUUCAGGCAGCGACGAGGAGCAGCAGCAGCAGCAGGCCGAAAGACCAAAGUACGGGUAA